UUGUUCAUGUUUGUAGUUGUAUUCUUAAUUAAUUUAAUUUCUCAUGCUCGCUCGUACGAGUGAACACGCGCUUCAACGGCUUAAUCAUCAUACAUAUAUAUAUUUUUUUUUAAUUUAAAAAAAAUAAAAUCGAACGUUAUUAUAUCAUCGGUGUCAUUAGUACAGUAUUCUAAUAAUACAAAAGACUUUUUUUUUGUUUUAAUAAUAUUUAUUAUGAGUAUAUUGGUGAUACAGUGAUGAAAUAAAUUGUCAAAGUGAGUACUUGUGUACCUCUAAAAAUUGUCAUUAAUUUGGUACCAAGUUUGGUGAUUCAUUUGAGUUUUAAAAAAAAACAACUUGGUGUGUCAUCAUCAACAGAGGACUGACCUCAGUUAUUAAGAUCAAGAAUAACAAAAUUUUUUUUUUACAAAAAAAAAAAACCCGAGUUUUAUUAUUGCACACAUACAUGUGCCAACUUAUCAGAAGAUAAAAAAAAGAGUUUGCCAAGUUAUUAAUCAUGGGAUUCAUUGAAAUAUUUGGUAUGGAAAUUAAUGACCUUGUGUUGUCUUCCUUUGUACUUGGAGCAAUAAUAAUUAUCAUUGGAUUUAUUAUCAAUCGCCGAAAAACAGCUGAAAUAAAAAAUGAUGAGCAUAAAAAAGAUGAUAAUAUUAAUUCAAGUACAGAAGUACCUGAACAAAAUGAAAAUUCAGUUGCUAUUAAACGUGGAAAAAAUAAAAAACGACGAGAAAUACAACAAGAAUUUACACAUCCAUGGAUGGUUGGUGCAUUGAAAGGUCAUACUGGAACUGUGCUUGACAUAAAAUUUUCAUCUGAUGGAAAAUAUCUAUCAAGCUGUGCUGAAGAUCAAACUGUUCAUAUUUGGUGUACAAAAGAUCUUGCUUCAAAAAAUCGUAAAUCAUUGAGAAUUAAUAUUGAUUGGGAUCAUGCAACUCAUGUUAAAUUUUCACCUGAUGGAAAAGCAUUUAUAAUUCAUAAAUCAUUUGGUAAUAAUAUUGUUGUUUAUGGACUUAAAAAAAAACCAAAUGGUUUUUUUAUAUCAGCAACACCUGUUCUUGAAUAUCAAAAGAAACAUGAUGAUGAUAUUAUUGGAAUGGACAUUGCUUGUAAUGGACGUUUCAUAAUGACAUGUGGAAAAUCAAAUGAUCUUAUUAUUUGGGAUUUAAAAGGUGAGGUUCUUGCUAAAAUUGAUACAAUUCUUGGCUCAACACAUAGAGCUAAAAUAUCACCUUGUGGACGUUUUGUUGCUGCAUCUGGAUUUACACCUGAUGUUAAAGUUUGGCAAGUUGGAUUUUCCAAGACUGGAGAUUUUAAACAAGUUGAUAAAGCAUUUACACUUGCUGGUCAUUCAUCUGGUGUUUAUGAUUUUGAUUUUUCUGCUGAUUCAAGUACCAUGGCAACAGUUUCAAAAGAUGGAACUUAUCGUUUAUAUGAUACAAAUGUUGAAUAUGAAAAAGGACAAGAUCCUCGUUUUCUUGUAAGUGGAAAAUGGGAAAAUUCAAUGCCAACAAAAAUUGCAUUGUCACCAAAUGCAGAAAUUUUAGUUAUUUCACAUGGUACAAAUCUUUCAUUUUAUUCAACAGUAAACAAUAAGCUGGACACAACAAUUGAAGAUAUUGGUGUUGUUAAUUGUUUAACAUUUGAUGCAACUGGUGAAUUUCUUCUAGCUGCUGUUGAUAAACAAAUUAAAAUAUUUAGAAAUAUCCCAGCUUAUCGAGCUGCUAUUGAAUCAUCAAAGCUUAAAUUGAAACAAAAACAAUCGUCAGCAACACAAGAACGUAUUGAAAAAAUAAUCAUUGAAAAUACACAAUUUCUUAAGUCAAUGGGUGAACCACUCAUUCGAUAAUUCAGCUAAAUUUUUUCUUCAAUCAUUCCUAGACAAUAAAGUGUCAUACAUUCAAGUACUAUUAUUUAAAAAAAAAAAAACAGAAUGAAUAAAAAGAUUAUUAUCAUUUUUAUGUAACUGAGAAAAAUAAAUUUGCAUCAAAUGCUUUUU